AUGGCACCAGACCCGCACCAAGGAGGCCGUCUAGAAGACAUGGCUGCAGAGGGCACGACCAUUCCUGGCGAUGCUGGCAAAAUGAACGUGGUUUCACCCUCUGACCACCCAGAUCAGACUCACACGAAUCUCGCACAUGCAGCAGAUAACGCUUUCGACAUACCGCGCAGUGUGAACGACCGCGGACAAACAGGCGAAGUCAUAACUGGUACUGGCGACCAGCUACCGUCAAGUAUUGAGAAGAAGAACCUGGAUGACGCGGGCUUCGACCCAAGGGCAAAGGGUCACGACCAGUACGCGAAGCAUGCUCGGCAGGAUAAUCCUAUGGACAGCUUGAAGCAUGGAGCUGGUAGUCAUGACGUGGAGGCUGCGCCUGGUGAAGAGGAAGAGAGUCAGGAGGCGCUUCUGAACAAGAGAGGAGCAAAGUAG